AUGGGACAGGCAACCGAAACGAAGGAGUUUAGUGACAAAGAUCUCGAGUUGAUUAAUGAAGUGCUGAAGGUUCUGUUCAAUUUAACCGUUCGCACACACUUGAAUGCCGUUCCGGAGGAAGAAGAAGCCAAUCAAUUCCAUCGUUUAGCAGUAGUCGUUUACGAUCUGUUCUUCUAUCGCACCCUGAAUCGAGAUAAGAUCAUUUCUCUCCAAUCGAACAUUGUCAAUCUCCUAACCAGUGUUCCGGUCAGCUGUUAUAGCGAGCUUGUCUCACCGUUGAACCCGGAAGACCUGGAUUCCAAAACCGUUGUGCCAUUCGAAGGAAAGAACGUUUACUUUCUUCACGUGCUGGUGGAGUUUCUGAGACGGGUUUUCCAAAAAUCAGAAAAGAAGUCCGAUCAGUACGAACUGUUAUCGCCUAUUCUGACGGUCCUGAUCAAGACGAUUCGAGCGACGGCCCUUAAUCGGCGUUACGUUCGAUCGGAAGUGCUUCCUCCUCUGAAGAACGUCAAAGAACGACCGGAAGUCGGCACAGAGCUACGCAACUACCUUUGCUCGCUGCUAACGAGCCCGAUCACUCAAAUUGCCGACUUGUCCGUGGAAUUGCUCUUCGUCCUGUGCAAGGAAAACGUCGGUCGGAUGAUCAAAUACACGGGCUGUGGCAAUGCGGCCGGUCUGUUUGCGAAUCGUGGUUUGCUGGGCGGCCGCCAGGGCAAUACGGAACAGUAUUCGUCCGAUUCCGAGGACAGCGAUACGGAAGAGUACAAACAGAUCCAGCAUGCCAUCAAUCCGGUGCUGGGCUGCUACGAACCACCGAAGCCGAACCCGCUGGAAGGCAUGUCCGAGGAGCAGAAGGAGUACGAAGCGAUGCAAUUGGUGGCACUGAUGGAUAAACUGCAGCGACAGGGCAUCGUUCAGCCGUGCAAGAUCGGCGAGGACGGGCGGCCGCAGCCGGUGGAUCAUAUCAUGGAACUGCAGGACGAGAUUCCCGAACAGCAGCGCGAUCAUAAGCGAAAAACCUAAAGCUUCCAAGAAAGGUAAGUAUCGUGGUUUCAGUAUUUAUUCGAGUCCUAGCUUCGAAUCGUAGCUGAGUGUAUUUAUG